UAGACACCGAUCAUUCUUUCAGCAAAACGAAUCUGCGACGUUAUCACGUUAUCUGUGACCGGCCGGAAAGUGGCGUUGCCGGACGAUCAUAAUUGCGCGGGUUUUCAAUCGAACGGACGACGUGUCUUGCAUAUUCUGUCGUUCCAAGGAUUUAAGAAACAAUUCGCGAGAGAGAGAACAGUUGGACAGCGAGAUAAAUAACAAUGGCAUUUUUCGACAACGAGGACAUAGAAAAUGAACCUCUUGAAGAUGAUCCUAAAGAGCUUUAUGGCGUUAGGGAGGGAACAAUUUUCGUGAUUGAUGCAACAUUACCAAUGUUUAAAAAUGACCCUGAUAAUCCACAUUUUUUACAAUGCGUGAAGCAAUAUAAAGAGGUGCUCAAGCAAAAGUUGAUAUGGGAUAGACAAGAUUGGAUUGGCUUAAUGCUAUUUGGAACUGAAGAAUCUGAUAAGGAUCUGAGACAUAUAUUGACUCUUCAUGAUUUAGGUGUUUCUACGGUAGAGAACUUGAAAGAAGUAAUGAAAAUAGAUGAAGGGAAAAAAUGGGAGCACUACAGGGAUACUGCUUCCUCUACUGCUUAUCCACUGCACGAUGUAUUACAGCAUGCAGAACGAACAUUCUUUGCUAUCCGUACAACUAUGUCAGUGAGAAGAGUAAUUCUUUUUACAUGUCAGGAUAAUCCCCCACUAACAGAUGACAACGAAAAGCACAAAAUAAGACGACAAGUAAAGAGUUUCAGUGACAUAGGUCUUCAAUUAAUUGUUAUUGGUUUGGGCGAAAAUUGGAAUCACGAUUCAUUCUAUAAAGAUCUAGAAAUGUCAUCUAGAAAAAUCGACGUAGAUGAUUACAAAAGAAUGUCCUUGAAAGAUGUAGUGGAACAAGUAAAAGUACCAUCUAAAAAUAUGGCAAAGCUACCUUGGAGACUUGGAGAAAAUGUGAUUGUAGAUGUUGUUCUUCGCAGUCUUUCUAGCAAAACGUCAUAUUUGCCAAAAGUAUAUAUGAGCAAAGAAGAUAAUAUUCCUUUGACAUGCAAUACGUAUUACGUAAGCCGUAAAAAUAGUGAUACAGAAGAUGUAGAGGAUGAAGAAAGUCAACGAGAAACACUUGUUCUAGAAACAAAUAUUCAAAAAUAUCAAACGUUUGGUGGUGAAAAAAUAUGUUUUACAUCAGCAGAAGUGAAAUCCAUGUGUGUAACACGAGAACCAGGCAUUGAUUUAAUUUGUAUACAACCUUGUUCUCAUCAUCCUUUAUAUCACGUUGAAACACCAUAUUUUGUUAUGCCAAACAAAAAAAGUUAUCGUGAAGAUAACAAACUAUUAUUUGCUGCAUUACUUAAUAAAUGUGACGAAAAAAAAUUAAUGAUAAUAUGUGUCGUUACACUAAGAAGAAAUUCUACUUCAAGUUUGUAUACCAUGAUGCCAAAUGCAAAAAACGGAGGAUUUUAUUUGUAUAAAAUACCAUUUAAAGAAAAUAUGCGAAACAUUAGCAAAUACUUUCCAGACUACAUAUAUGAUGAUGUAAGAAAACCUCCAACUGAUCCAGAAGGAGUUGAAGUGCUAGAACAACUCAUAGAAAAAUUAAGUUUUGAAUAUAAUCCGAAAUUGUUCUCAAACCCUAAACUACAAGUUCAGCUUCAAACUGUAGAAACUUUAGCUUUAGAUUUGGAGCAACUUGAGCCUCCACUUGAUAAUACACGUCCAGCAAUCGACAAGAUGCGUAAACUUGCAGAUGAUCUAUUAGAGAAAUAUGAUGAAAUAUUUUCUAAAGACGAUAUAAAUGAUACACCACCAAAGAAAAAGUCCAAAACAAGUAACGAAUCAACGGGAAUGAGCGAUUUAAACACGGAUAAAAUUCAAAAAAUUGUAAAAAGCGGUCAGAUAGUAUACUUUACUGCAGCACAAUUAAAGGAUAUCUUGAAAACAUUGGGUUUAAAGACAUCUGGUAAAAAAGAUGAAUUAAUAAACAGGAUUAGAUCACAUUUUUAAUAAAACGAUACAACCUUUCAUUAAAGAAACAUAAUUUACUUAUACAUUAUACUAAAAUUGUUUAUUAUAUUAUUUAUAUAUUAAUAUAUUUUGUAUGAAAUACAG